CGGGAAAAGUGCGGAGAAAGUGCGGCAACGGGCAAGUAUGACGCCCACCUGCUUUUCCUCCAUUCCGCAACGCUACUAGGGAUUAUCUCGACAAGGCCUCCCAUCAACUACAGUGAAGCCGCAAUGGCUAUCAUGCUGUCGUUAUUCUGUGAAGAAGUGCUCCAGCUCAGUUGAGCAGCUCUUGAGAUCUACAUCCCCGUUUGCGGUCUCAUCGCUCACUACUGAUUUCCCCACAGUCGUCUCUAGCAGCCCCGCUAAGUAAUACAUAAUGGCAACGCUAUUACCAUUCAAGUCGCCGAAGCGCAAACGAGAAACUUCGGAGUCUGACUGUUAUAGUCCAUCUGCCUCUCCUCCAUCGACUAUCUCCAUCUCCAGCUUUCAGGAGGCGUGCUUGCGUGAAGAGGAGGGAGGCUACAGUCCGCGAACCGCAGUCGCAGGACGUCUGCGCGAGCUUGCUAUCCGUGGUGAAUAUGUUCCAAAUCCAGAUUUUGAGAUCUACAAUCCCCUCGAGGAUAUAAAGCAGACAUCUGGCCAGGUGGCAUUCGGUCUGCCUACGUCAGGAGAUGCCGAUAUGCCAGCAUCAUCUUCCUCCGCGCAAAGCGACCAUGUCUCAAGCGCACAAUCUAACGCCAUCUCCGAUACCCAAGACACAGAUAGUGGUAUGAAAACACCAACCUCGUCGUCCGAUGCCACACCUUCGCAUAGCCCACGCAAGAAACGUCCAAUAAAAAAGCCCAUCAAACCGCGCAGUCGGCGAAAAUCACCGCCUCUAGCUAGCAAAGCUAGCGAAGACACGCUCACGUGGCACGAUUCUGAGAUUACAGGACACGAGCCUAACGAUCCUAAUGACGAUGGAUAUGGUAUCAACGGCAUUGGAUUCAAACCAACGGCCGCGAUAGCUUGGGCCAGGUCACAGAAGAGGCAGAAGCAAGUGUCGGAUUGGAAGACACGUGAAGCCCGAGAAGAACGAGAGAGACGAAGGGAGCGGCGAGAAGGGAUGAAUCGAGAGAAUGCUAGUAAUGUACCAGAAAAGGUGGUACAAAAGAGGGUCAAAUUCAGCACGGAUGACCUAGUUCACUGAUACGAAACUGAUACGACUUUCUGCACUUGGCGCAUCGGGUUAAGGAUACGAGCAAUCAUUAGAGAUUGACGGGAUAUGAUGCUUUUUCUUCCCAUUGGAUUGGAGAUAUCAACAUUGAAUUGGAUAUAU